AUGAAGGAUGGUUUGUUUAGCGAUUCGUUGGUCACAUGGAAAUGGGUGCGUUCUACGCGACCGGAAACCGAAACUUGGGCUUGCAGCAGUGCCGAAGUACUUGUCGAUCCACUGACAACAUACAAAGGCCGGAAAGUUGCGAAAAUUUCAAGAAAUGAACAUGAACAACCGUCGGUAAUUCCGGAAUUCGCCGAUCCAUUGGGUGCCACAGCGGAAGAACGAAAGAAGGCUGGUGCUGUUAUUUUCGAUGACGUACCUUCGUUUCUCACCAAAAAGCGAGAAGAGCCAAAAUUAACGAAUACAUUAGCGAGCAAGGAGACAGGCGAGACUAUUGCGACUACUGAAAAGGAAUUACCAGGUUUUAUUCCGUGGACAGCCAAAAAACAGGAUAUACUUAAAAAAUUUAGCGGUGCUGAAAAAUCCGAAACAUCAUGUUUGCACUGUGUUCGGGAUUUGAAAAUUGCUGAUUUUUCGGUUACUGAACGAGCAGCGCAGAGGUAA